UUCAAUAGAAAUGUCGAAGUGGCUGCUUCUUAAAUUUUGGGUGACUUUACCAAUGAUAUGUUUCGGACAUGUAUCAUUUACCAACCUUAACUGCAGUUCGCAUAACUCGGACUUUUUGACUUUUCCCACGUGUCACAUAAAGGCGGUCAACCGAACCCAUAAGUAUAUAAGUAUCCACGCAAAAAUGCAUCAGUUACCCAUUUUUGAUGCAAGGGUGAGUUUUUGCCUAAUUGAAAUUCCAUUUUUUUUCGAUCUGUCCUACGAUGCCUGCCAGUUCAUGAAAAACCAGAAAAAUAUAUUUAUUAAUACCUUAUAUAAAACUUUCCAACGUAAUUCCAACAUGAAUCACACCUGUCCCUAUAAUCACGAUAUCAUAGUGGAUAAGCUCUUUACCGGAAAUCUCGAGGAGGAAUUCGGAAGAUUUAUAGUAAUACCAAACGGAAAUUAUGCAAUAUACACCGAGUGGAUCACAAACAAAGUUGCACGAGCUUCAGUUAAAAUUUAUUUCAAUAUAUUGAAUAAGUAA